AUGAGACUCUCAAAGCAAGUUGUGGCUAGUGCUGCAGCCCACCAGACAGAUGAAAAUUCGGCUCAAAGCGCGAUCUCAAACUCGAAGUCAGUAGCUGCCGUCAUUCUUGGAGGAGGUGCGGGUACACGGUUGUAUCCGCUGACGAAGUCUCGUGCCAAACCUGCAGUUCCCAUCGGCGGAGCAUAUCGCCUCAUUGACGUUCCCAUGUCCAACUGCUUAAACUCGGGCAUUUCGAAAAUGUACAUUUUGACGCAAUUCAAUUCAGUGUCCCUGAACCGCCAUCUCGCUAGAACAUACAACUUCGGCAACGGCAUAAUGUAUGGAGGGAAUGGAUUUGUUGAAGUACUUGCUGCCACUCAGACACCUGGUCUUGGUGGCAAGGAGUGGUUUCAAGGAACGGCAGACGCCGUCCGUCAGUACUCUUGGCUCUUCGAAGAUAUAAAGAACAAGGAUGUUCAGGACAUUGUCAUUCUUUCCGGUGACCACCUUUACCGAAUGGACUACAUGGCCUUCGUCGCCAGACACAGGGAAGUUAAUGCAGAUAUAACCAUAGGAUGCCUUCCCAUGGACGACAAGCGGGCUUCAGACUUUGGGCUCAUGAAAAUAGAUGACACAGGGCGCAUCACCGAAUUCGCGGAAAAACCCAACGGGGAUGCGCUGAAAGCGAUGGAAGUCGACACCACAAUCCUCGGUUUGACAGCGGAGGAGGCGACAUCGUCUCCAUAUAUUGCAUCCAUGGGCAUAUACGUUUUCAAGAAAUCUGCUCUGCUGAAUUUCCUGAAUGCGGAAUAUCCAAAAGAUAAUGAUUUCGGUGGUGAAAUCAUUCCUAAAGCUGCAGCAGAUGGAUAUCACGUCCAGGCGUAUCUAUUCAACGAUUAUUGGGAAGAUAUCGGAACAAUCAAGUCAUUUUUUGAGGCAAACCUUGCUCUGGCAAAGAACCCGCCUCAAUUUGAAUUCUACGACGCACGCGCACCGAUAUACACAUCUCCCCGCUUUCUUCCUCCGGCCAAAGUGGAAAAAUGUCACGUGAAGGAUGCCAUCAUUUCUCACGGAUGCUCCCUCGCAGACUGUUCAGUGGAAGAUGCUAUUAUUGGCCUUCGUUCUCAGAUUGGCAAAGGUUGCACCAUCAAACAUGCGAUGAUAAUCGGAGCAGACUACUAUGAGACAGACGAGCAGAAAAUGGCCCUCGUGGAAGCUGGUGGCGUUCCUGUCGGUAUUGGUGAAGGAUGCUCCAUAUCGAACGCAAUUAUUGACAAGAAUGCACGAAUUGGCAAAAACUGCAUCAUUACAAAUGCCGCUGGAGUUGAAGACCUUGAAGAUGAAGAAAACGGAAUAUACAUCCGUUCAGGGAUCGUGACAAUACUUCGAAAUGCCACUAUCCCUGACGGGACUGUCAUCUAG